AUGAGCCCAGAAUUGGCGUCAGUCGGGGGAACGGGGAAAGGGAGGGGGAGAGCGGAAGUGAACUCUGAGAGCCAGCCGCAGGUGCAACAAGAGCAGCAGCAGCAUAGGCAGCGAACAGACAAGAAGAGGAGGGCUCGGCUGAAGAUGCGAGCUGAGGCCCCAGUGGAAUUUGAGGACCGUGGAGAGGAGGUGUACGAGCGCUUUGAAGGCGUGCUGGCCGCUGCUGUGCGAGGUGUGGUGGGCUAUCGAGAAUCCCUCAGGCAGUUGGAGCAGUGCUGCAGGGAGCUGGCGGUGGGGUUGCGGGCGGACGCGGGGGAGAGCGUGCAGCCAGCCCAGGAGCACGUGCUCAGCAGGAAGAGCCAGGCGCUCCAAUCAGAGGCUGCCACGUGGGCGCUCAUGCACCACCUGUUUGGAUACGACACGGACCACCUGACGGAAGAUGUGCGACUGCACCCGUCCCCGUCAGCACAGGACACGUGCGACUUUCUGUCGACCAAUGAGAACGCGCAGCACAGCUGGCGGGUGCUGAGGUGGCUGGAGGGGCUGGCAGAGUCGGACCUCAUGCUGCUGCAGGCAGAGCGUGGCACCUGCCUGGGAAGCUACACAGAAGCUUCUGGCCUGCGUGUGCACACGCAGAGGGCGAUUCGCGAGGGGCAGGGGGGGCUGGGCGGGAUAGUGGGGCUGGGCGGCAGGAGGAGCAACGCGCUGGCGUUUGGUGGGCUGGAGGGGCGGUACGGGCGGGGUGGGGGAGAGGAGAUGGUGACUGCUGUGGAUGCUGAUGCUGUUACUCGCGAGGGGGGGCGACUGCAUGCAGAGGACGAGGUGAGCUCACUCGCAUGCUCUCUCUCUCUCGUCCUUUGCUUGAGAGAGCUUGUCCUUGUCCUUGUCCUUACUUUCUCCAUCCCCAUCCUCUGCCUCCUGCUUCAACCUCACUUUCCCCAACGAGUGCAGGAGGAGUUGCUAUCAGACGUCUUCACACUCGUCACCGCCAGUUCUUCUCCCCACCCUUUCCCACUUCCCCAUCCCCCUCCUCAUGUUCCGUACCUCACCCCUCGUCCUCUCCUCCAUAGCUCUCUCACUUUCCCCAGCGAGUGGAGGAGGAGUAGCUAUCGGACAUAUUCACGCUCCGCUCACCACUGCCACCAUAUGGGCCCUUGUUUCCCCCCACCUUCCCCUCCUCUCAUCUUUUACCCCUCCCACUUCUCACAGCGAGUGGAGGAGGAGUUGCUAUCGGACAUAUUCACGCUCACCACUGCCACCCCUCUAAACCCACCCACCAUCUUCUCCACGCCUCACUCCAUGCACGCUCCUUCCCCCAGCGAGUGGAGGAGGAGUUGCUAUCAGACAUCUUCACGCUCAUCACUGCUGCUUCAUGGCAUCACCCCUCCCUUCCUCCCCUUCCUUCUUACCCUCUCUUUAUUUCCCACUCUCAUUCCCCUCUUCCCCUCCUCCUCCUUCCCCCAGCGAGUGGAGGAGGAGUUGCUAUCAGACGUCUUCACGCUCAUCACCGCUGGCCGGAUUCAAGAUGCCCUCAACCUCUGCCGGGCGGCGGGGCAGACCUGGCGGGCGGCGGUUCUCGGCGGGACAUGGGCCGCGCCGCCCAGCGCUGGGGCGGCAGGGGAGAGCUUCCCCACAGCCGCCACGUGGCGGGAGAUGAGUGGAAGGGCGAGGCGGGCGGCACAGGCGGGGGAGGUGGAGGGGGGGAAGGGGCGGGGAAGGCGGCUGUGGAAAUGGUCUCUGCUGGUGGCGUCUGAGGCUUCGAGCAGUCGGUUUGAGGCGGCUGUGCUGGGAGCGCUGUGUGGCAAUGUGAAGAGGAUACUGCCUGUCUGCACGUCAUGGCAGGUGCGCGUGUACGGCCUGCUGGGCACUGCUGCGUUGUUGGCUCGACUUCCAGAGUGGUUGCUGCAUCCCAUGGUGUCAUCAGAGUGGUUGCUGCAUCCCAUGGUGUCAUCAGAGUGGUUGCUGCAUCCCAUGGUGUCAUCAGAGUGGUUGCUGCAUCCCAUGGUGUCAUCAGAGUGGUUGCUGCAUCCCAUGGUGUCAUCAGAGUGGUUGCUGCAUCCCAUGGUGUCAUCAGAGUGGUUGCUGCAUCCCAUGGUGUCAUCAGAGUGGUUGCUGCAUCCCAUGGUGUCAUCAGAGUGGUUGCUGCAUCCCAUGGUGUCAUCAGAGUGGUUGCUGCAUCCCAUGGUGUCAUCAGAGUGGUUGCUGCAUCCCAUGGUGUCAUCAGAGUGGUUGCUGCAUCCCAUGGUGUCAUCAGAGUGGUUGCUGCAUCCCAUGGUGUCAUCAGAGUGGUUGCUGCAUCCCAUGGUGUCAUCAGAGUGGUUGCUGCAUCCCAUGGUGUCAUCAGAGUGGUUGCUGCAUCCCAUGGUGUCAUCAGAGUGGUUGCUGCAUCCCAUGGUGUCAUCAGAGUGGUUGCUGCAUCCCAUGGUGUCAUCAGAGUGGUUGCUGCAUCCCAUGGUGUCAUCAGAGUGGUUGCUGCAUCCCAUGGUGUCAUCAGAGUGGUUGCUGCAUCCCAUGGUGUCAUCAGAGUGGUUGCUGCAUCCCAUGGUGUCAUCAGAGUGGUUGCUGCAUCCCAUGGUGUCAUCAGAGUGGUUGCUGCAUCCCAUGGUGUCAUCAGAGUGGUUGCUGCAUCCCAUGGUGUCAUCAGAGUGGUUGCUGCAUCCCAUGGUGUCAUCAGAGUGGUUGCUGCAUCCCAUGGUGUCAUCAGAGUGGUUGCUGCAUCCCAUGGUGUCAUCAGAGUGGUUGCUGCAUCCCAUGGUGUCAUCAGAGUGGUUGCUGCAUCCCAUGGUGUCAUCAGAGUGGUUGCUGCAUCCCAUGGUGUCAUCAGAGUGGUUGCUGCAUCCCAUGGUGUCAUCAGAGUGGUUGCUGCAUCCCAUGGUGUCAUCAGAGUGGUUGCUGCAUCCCAUGGUGUCAUCAGAGUGGUUGCUGCAUCCCAUGGUGUCAUCAGAGUGGUUGCUGCAUCCCAUGGUGUCAUCAGAGUGGUUGCUGCAUCCCAUGGUGUCAUCAGAGUGGUUGCUGCAUCCCAUGGUGUCAUCAGAGUGGUUGCUGCAUCCCAUGGUGUCAUCAGAGUGGUUGCUGCAUCCCAUGGUGUCAUCAGAGUGGUUGCUGCAUCCCAUGGUGUCAUCAGAGUGGUUGCUGCAUCCCAUGGUGUCAUCAGAGUGGUUGCUGCAUCCCAUGGUGUCAUCAGAGUGGUUGCUUCCCAUGGUGUCAUCAGAGUGGUUGCUGCAUCCCAUGGUGUCAUCAGAGUGGUUGCUGCAUCCCAUGGUGUCAUCAGAGUGGUUGCUGCAUCCCAUGGUGUCAUCAGAGUGGUUGCUGCAUCCCAUGGUGUCAUCAGAGUGGUUGCUGCAUCCCAUGGUGUCAUCAGAGUGGUUGCUGCAUCCCAUUCCGUUCCCAUGGGGUUCGUCCAUUCCUGUGUCGAAGCCCACCUCUCCGCUGCCUCCUCCCCACCCCUCCCUCGCGCCCUCCCGUCCGUCUCCGCCGCUGCCGCUCUAUAACAGCCAGCAGAUUAUGCCUCCUGUUGUUCUCUCAACCUACCCGUUCCUUUUUCCAUCCUAUCCCCUCCCCCUCCACCCGUUCCCCCUGGAUUUCCCAUGCAGCCCCUCACUCCCCGACGGUGUCAAGCGCAGCAGCACCGAGCAGCACCACAUGCUGCACACCAAGCCCACUGUCUCCUCCCCUUCUUCCCCCUUCCUUCCCACUCCUCGCCCCAUUUCCCUCCCAUGCAGCCCCUCUCUCCCAGACGCUGUCAAGCGCAGCAGCACGGAGCCACACCACGUGCUGCAGACGCACCUCAUUCUCAGGAACGUUCCAGGAACCAUCCAGGCGCUGCGGUCGUGGAUCAUCCCCUCGGUGGCUCCGUCGGGAUUGGCUGCUUCUCUGGGCGGCAAUGUGGAGAGCGACUCCGACCCUGCCCUGGUGCGGUGUGGCGCCCACCUGGUGGUGCUUCUGCGCUCCGUGCUCCCCGCUGCUGCUCGCCAGCAGUACAGGGACUGGCUCAACACGUCAGGCGAUGUCAUUCUGUACACCUACUGUGUGUUGCUGGCAGCGCAGCGCAGGGACCAUCUCACACCGCUCUACGCCUCACUGCUGCUCACGCCCUCCCUCACCUCUGACUUCUUCCUUCAGCUAUUCGAGCAGCGCAAGACAGACAGUGUUGAGGCCAAGAGGCGAACAGUGGAGGCGCUGUGUCUGCACCUCCCUCUCUCCGGCCCUGACUCUGUCCCCACAAUGCUCAACAGGUUCCUCUCCAAGUGCUCCCAUUGGUCGGAUCCCGGGGUCCUGCCCGCCUCUGAUUGGCCGAGAGCAGUGCUGGCGGAUCUGAGGGGACAGGUGGCAGCGUUUGAGUGGGCGGUGACGGACCCCACUGCCCCGGGGACAGUGGGCAGUGCAGAGUGGGGCAGUGAGAGGAGGAAGAUGCAGCGACUGGCUCUGCAGCAUGGGAACCUUCUGCUGCGCGCCAUGCUCCUGGCGGCACACGCGGAGGGCGGCAGCAGCAGCGGCAGCCCGUCCAGCCAAUCAGGGCGCUCCCUUGCCGCCCUGCUGGCAGAUACAGUGGCGGGCAUUCACGCAGAGAUGGAGGCGAGGCGAAGCCAGGAGGGGGCAGAGCGAGAGGAGCAAGAGGAAGAGGGAGAUGAGGAGGAGGAAGAGGAGAGUGUGGAGCUCAGCGAGUUUGACUUCUGGGUGGAUUACAUCGCUGCUGAUGUGGCGUACCGUGGUUGGGCCACGGCAGCAGCAGCAGCAACGGAGCGAAGGGAAGAGCGGGAGAGGAGGGAUCAGGAGCAGCAGGGAGCGGGUCAAAUGGGGGGUGCAGGGCAGGAGGAAGGGGAGGCGGAGAGGGAGAAGGAGCGAGCAGACCUGUUAUCGCUGGCCAGUCGGGCUGUCUCUAUUGGCAUGCAGCUGCUGCAGAGUACCUCUCUUCUCCUUCCUGCUGUGCUGUCACCCGCUCUCCCCUUCCACCCAACCUCUUCCUCUCUUACUUCCUCCCACCCACCAUCCCCAGGGGAAGCCUCAUCAACCAUGCGGCUUCAGGUCACCCCACAGCAGCAACCGCAGCAAUCACACCAGAACCAGCAGCAGCAGGGCGGCAGAGAGCAUGUGGUGGUGGCGUGUGUGGCGGUGCUGGCCCCCUCAGGGGCUCUCGUGCCCGGCGAUGCCUCCAUGUGUGCCGCCAUGCACUCAGCGCUCAUGGCGUGCGUGGGGGAGCGAGAGGCAGAGGCGCGGCAAGUCAGGGUUGACGUGGCAGCGCACCCCUUAGACGCGCGCCUGCUCACACUCGCCAUUCGCUGUCUGGGGACCGGAGGAGAGGAGGGGGCGAGUGAGGCAGCGAGUGUGGAUGUGGAGAGCCUUGCUGUGCGCAUCAUGGCUCGUGUUGUCAAAGCGGAACUACCUCACAUGGACCCUGCGGCUCGCAUGCACGUGGUGCGCUGUGCUGCCUUCACCAACCCACCCACCCACCGCCCAAGCCUCUCCCGAACCACUGCGGACAGCUUUGGCACCAUAGCAGCAGCGGAGGCUCGGGGUGCUGAGCCUGCGCCGUGGCUCAUGCGCCGGCUGUGCCGUGUGUGCUGCCUUCCCACCCUUGCCUUGCGCUGCCAGGAGGUGCGGGUGUUUAUGGCGCAGCAGCUGGAGCCAUCAGUGCAUGUGGAUCCAGCAGCAGCAGCAGAGGUCAUGGAAGCAACUGAUGUGGCGGCUCUGGUGGCCCAGGGCACGCUGAUUCAAAUCUUCACACCCCAGCAGCUCCAGGUGGGUCUCGUCUCGAAGAGCUCGUCGUCGUCCGAUUUCCUCCCUCCGCCGCCCUCCUGGCCCGAGGAGUACGCGGGAGUUGCGCCGCUUCCGCGAGACGACUCCGCCGCCACCUUCCACGUGGCGGACUAUGGUGCGCAGCCCGACGGCCGCGGGGAUAGCUGGGGCGCCUUCCGCCGCGCCUUCGACGCCGCCUGCAAGCUCGCGGAGGCGGAAAGCGUGCGCGUCCGCGUGCUCGUCGCUCCGCCGUCCGCGGAAGGAUCUUCCGGGGGGAGCUCUUCCGCGGGGGGAUCAUCCAUGGAUGGCGGUAGGAAGGAUUCUGGCCGAAUCGCUAGUACGAAAAGCACCAACGGCAGUGCCGCUGGCAACGGAAUUGACACUACACUCGGGAACGACUCGUCCGCGAAUAGCGAUCCCAACAAUACCGCGGAUAACAUGCCUCAUCUGCCGACGGUCGCGGACGUCACAAUGCCGGACGUUAACGUUAACGUCAACGUCGACAAUUCGAUUGCUAACGUGGACGCGUUGAAGGGUUCCAGCGGCGGAGGCGGCAACGGCAACGGCGGGGGGGGAAACGGAAGCGGGGGAAGCGGAGCAAGCGGCGCGCACGUGGUUAGCGAUACGAUGCAGUGGCUGCUCAACCAUCGCGGAUUGGCGCAAAAGAACCACGGACUGACGGAGAGGAGGUUGGGGGAGCAGAGGCGCGGAUUGGCGGAGCGGAACCGUGUGCUGGCGGAGCGGAGCCGAGAGGCGGACGGGAACAGCGUCAAGUACUAUCUCAGCCGUUCGAUCACGGUGAACGGAUCGUGCGGCGCUGGUUUGACGCUGCAAAUCGACGACGCGACGAUCUACGGCCCAAAAACCGCAGAGGGUUAUCCCAAACCGUCGCUGUACAUUAACGAGGACAAGAUCGGCGUGGCGAGUAACGGCAUGUUCCGGUUCGUAGGGGUGACGGGGCUGGUCAUACGCGGUAGUGGCAGCCUCGACGGCAACGGCGAGGGGUACUGGGAUACCGAGGCGCACGACCGGCCGCACCUGCUGUCGCUGAUCAACUGCCGCGAGGUCAUUCUCGACAGCGUAGCGCUGCGCAACCCCCCCAUGUACCACGUCUUCUCCUACGGGAUCGACUGGCUGUGGGUGAGGAGAUUAACUACCAACGCGCCAGACGAGUCGCCCAACACAGACAGCCUGAAACUGCUCGGCGUGCGCCACGCGCUCAUUGAGAAUUGCACCUUCCACGGAGGCGAUGAUGACGUGUCACUGGUGGCACGUGGCAGCCAGGCAGUGGCCAACGUGACGGUCCGGAAUCUGAUUGCCACGUCAGGGCACGGGAUCAGCAUUGGGAGUUUGGGAGCAGGGGGGGCGGUGGCGUGUGUGUCGGAUGUGAGCUUCAAGGAUUUGAUUCUAUCGGAUUUGUCGAAUGGGUUGAGGAUCAAGACGUGGCAGGGCGGCUUGGGAAUGGUGCGGAAUGUACAGUACGAGAACGUGUACAUGACAAACAUAGAACGAGCGAUUACACUAGAUCAGUUCUAUUGUGACGACAAUCAGGACUUCCCCUGCAACCCAUCACCCCACAACGUGGCGCUGGUGAACAUUUCGUACACCCAUGUGUACGGCACCGCCUCCAACACUUUAAGUACCACUCGUAGCCUUUCCCUUUCCCAGUUUAAGGAGAAUUUAAGAGCCGCAGCCAUGGCGGAAGCAAAGGCCUGCACCGUGCGGACGCGCAAGUUCAUGACCAACCGUCUGCUGCAGCGGAAGCAGUUUAUCAUCGACGUGUUGCACCCCGGCAAGGCCAACGUGUCCAAGUCGGAGCUGAAGGAGAAGCUGGGCGCCAUCUACGAGAAGAGCGACCUGUCGUGCAUCUUCGUGUUCGGCUUCCGCACGCAGUUCGGUGGCGGCAAGUCCACGGGCUUCGGGCUCAUCUAUGACAACCUCGAGGCCGCCAAGAAGUUCGAGCCCAAAUACCGCCUCGUCAGGAAUGGCUUGGAGGAGAAGAGGAACAAGGAGAGCCGCAAGCUGAUGAAGGAGAGGAGGACAAGAGCCAAGAAGGUCCGCGGUGUCAAGAAGACCAAGGCUGCUGCUGCUGAGAAAAAGAAGUAA